CAGGCUGGUAGCUGCCAUUCCACAGUUCUCAUCUCACUCAGAACAACAUCUUUGAUCUGAAGCUGCCAGUGGAAGUGCUGCGGAUUAUCAAAGUAGAGGGGUCGCAGACUCUCGGGGUUCGUCUGAAUUGUAACUGCUGAUUUUAACCGCUCCUUCUAGGCUGUCACUUACCAAUUCUAUUCUUCAUGGACAAACGAACGUGCUCAUUUAUGCUUCAAGCUUCAAGCACACGUGUCAGAUUUGGAAACCUCGAGCCGCCAGAGUAUUAUGCACUCACUCCGCAGUCAACGUUUAUAAUACCUCAUCGCUGAGCAGUCAAAUGGACACCCACACCCCAUCAUGAUUCUUGGACCCUGUCAACUAAUCGCUCACAUCACCACGAAACACGAUGGCUCGUAUGAAAUCAACGACCACAGCGCUACGCGAAUCUUUCCCUCCACAAACGAAAAUCGUUGCCUAAACUUGGGACCUACCGUGCGCAAAAUACUCGGGCGUUCUCCCUUCACCUUCUUUGAGCAUCCCAAACACUUGGACUCAAUCAUAUCUGGCUGUGUACUCUCGGGAAACCAGCACGUUCUCAAAGAGGCAAAUACGGUCGUGACUUGGCGAGGGAUCUUGACAAGAAUUUUUCUUGGGAAUAAAGUUAUCGUACACAUCUCUUUUAUCGAUAACACAAUGUACAUUGAGGAGGCGGACUUGAAGCCAGAGUGGACAGCUACGCAAUACGCUUUGACGGACGCCGUAGGGAUGGCGUUUGAAGACGUAUACAGUCAACCGCUGGAUUCAAGCCUCUCCGCGCCAAAUUCAGUACAGCCAGAUCCAGAACACGUAGACCAACAAUGGGGUAACCUUGUUCAACGGUCCUUGGGCGACCUCAACUUGAUUUUUUGUGGCGAAGUGGACGCCGUUAAAGACGAUAUCGGAGGCGGAACCCCUAACGACUGGUUCGACAAACGUGUAGAGCUGAAGAGCCGAAACAUCCAUUCUCGAUAUCCAAUAAGUUACGCGCGAUGGCAUAUGCAAUCCUCGUUACUGGAGGUACCCGAAAUAUUCGUGGGCUACCGAGACAACAAUCUAUGUGUCACGUACACCGACACCGUGCGCGUAUCUGACAUCCAGCCAGCAAACUUUAACGAUAGCCUUCAACGAGGUUACAACGUGUUGUCUGCCCUGCGGGCCACUUUUGAAUCUAAACGCGAAGAAGAGGGAACCGAUUUGGAUGAUACGAUUUGGAAGGUGGUCAUCAACGAGGGAUAUGUCAGCAAUGCGAUCAAGUUGGAAGAUAUUGAGGCUCAUAAAGUGAAGAGAAGGAGGGAACUCCCUCAUACACCAUCUGUCGCCAGAGUAGGUAUUGUACCAAAGGAAAUGGUUUCACGUCUUCGUGGAUACCGUCGGUAG